AUGAGUUUGAGCGGUCCUCUUCUUGUUGCUUCCGCCAUGCACCUCCGCUGUACAUUUUUUGCGUCCCUUUACAUGCUCUGCUCCUCUUUUCUACUUCUUCGCUUUGUGUUUCUGCAGGCACACACAACCACACACGCACAAGAUGCGCAUUGUAGUGGAUUUGAAUGCUUCUUUUGCAGUGCAUGCUGGCAGUUGCGUGUGGCGGCUUUUGUCUUCCUCCGUGGCCAUGAGGAGAAUGGAGGAGGAGAGGGAGUGCGCAGCCCGCGUCUCCUUUCCUGCGGGUGUGGUGCACCGCGUGUGACUGCGUUGAGUUUGGCUUCGUGUCCCAUUGAGGGCGGGAUGGCUGGAAAGUUUGGUGCCGCGUCAUGGAUGGAUGAGGGUCCACUGUCGUGUGGCUGGUGUGGUGGGUGCUCGCUCCGUGUGCGUUGUGUGGUGGCCGCGGGUUUUGGCCAUUUCCCGUUGGCUGUCGAGAUGAGCUGGGAGGAGAUGGUGGUGGAUAUCUUCUCCUGCUGCAUGGUGGGUGGCUGCUGGCGUUGUAUGCCUUCCUUGCGUGGAUGCCGUCUCGUGGUGUGUGAACUGUGCGGCUGGGCCUGCUGCCCUCUCCUCAUGUUGUCUGCUCUCUCUCGCUGUAUCCGCUGUGCUCCGUCCCUCUCCCUCCUGUUGCAUUCUUUUCCUUCUGUCUCACCGAUCAGCUGA